AUGCCCGCGAACGACGCGCGCGGCGACGAGUUCGACCUGCCGAAGUCGUGCGACGUCCUGAUCGUCGGCACCGCGCUCCCGCAGGCGGUGCUCGCCGCGGCGAUCGCGCGGCGCGGCGAGCGCGUCGUUUGCCUGGACGCCGGGACAUCUUACGGCGACGCGUUCGGUGCGUUCGCGGCGACGACGCCCGCGCGCGGGCUGUUCGCGAGCGAUGCGAUCGACGGAGAGAACGCGUGGGAGACGUUCGGGACGUGCGUGGACGCGAAGACGGGACGCGUGGACGACACGGCGUCGAGGCGGUUGCGGCGGUCGGCGAACGAGGACGCGAACGCGCCGGCGAGAGGGUACUCGAUCGAUUUAAACGCCCCGCGAUUGGCGCUCGGCGCGGAUGGGUUCGUGGAAACGCUCGUGCGAUCGGGAGCGCACAAGUAUUUGGAGUUCAAGGCGAUCGAGCGGACGUUCGUGUACGCGGACGGCGUCGCUCGAGCGGUGGCGAGUAAUCGAAGCGACGUGUUCAAGGAUCGAGGGUUGUCCGGGGGCGAGAAACGGGCGUUGAUGCGGUUUUUGAAGGCGGUACACGUGGAGGCGAUGCGGGACGCGACCGGACGGCGGCGAAGUGGGAAGAGCGGGGAAGAGACAAACGUCGCCGUGGGCGCGCCGGGAAGCGAGUGGGGCGGCGACGAAUUCCAAACGACGAAAGACGACGACGACGCCGAGGGAUUGCGCGUGGAAAACGGCGAAACGAUGGAUGCGUUUUUGACGCGGCACGGGCUCAGCGCGAGUCUUCGUGCGGCCGUGACUUACGCGCUGGCGUUACAAACGAGAGCGGAUUGCGCCGCGGCGACGGCGCUCGAAGAUUUAAAAGUGUACAUUUUGAGCGUGGCCAAGUACGGUCCGCAGACUGGAGCGUGCUUAAUUCCUGUGUACGGUGCCGGUGAUAUCCCGCAAGCGUUCUGUCGCGUUGGUGCCGUGGAUGGUGCGACGUACGUCUUGCGUCAAGGCGUUCGCGAGUUGGACGCCUCGACGACGAUUUCGGCGGCGAUUUCGACGGGCGGUCAAGAGAUUCGUGCGAGAAAAUUCAUCGUACCAGCGCCUGAGCGUUCCAGUGGACCGCUUUUGGUGCACGCUGUGUGUAUUUUAGACGCGCCGUUGGUCGCGGAGUACGGCCAGAUGCUCGUCGUGUUCCCGCCUUUGAGCGCCGCCGAUGCGCAAACCGCCGUCAUCCGCGCGCUUCAAGUGGGCUCGCACACGGGGUGUUGUCCAGAGGGCAAGUACCUUUUGUAUCUCUCCACUGUCGUGGAUGAUGUAAACGUCGAUCCCUAUGCAGGCUUAAAUGCCGCGCUAGACGUGCUAGUACGCCGAGGCGAAGUAUCCUCUACGGCGAGCGCAUUCGGCGCCGACGUCGAAAAACCCGAAGUUCUUUGGGGCACGAUGUACAAGAGACGGUGCGGUCAUCUCGACGACAUCGAAUGCUCGUCAUCGAACGUGGCAUAUUGUCCUGGACCAGACGAACUUGCGACGUUCGAGGGCGCUUUACGCGCCGCUGAGCGUGCGUACAAAGCGCUCUUCGGCGACGACCAGGAGAUGUUUCCGCUCACAGAAGGUGAGCCGAAGGAGACGACGGGCGACGACGACAUGGACGCGAUGCUCGAAGACUGA